UGUCACCAAGGGGUGUGAGGCCUACCAGUAAGGACACAAGUAUCCGCCCAGUGCGUCGUUUUAACAAAUCAAUGGGCGAACGUAGAGUGGUGGGAUGCCAACGCCAAGUCCUCGUUAGAAAAAAAUUGUGUGGUGUGUGAAGUAUCAGGAAAUAGAGCAGCUUUCAAGUGUGAGAAACAGUAUCUGUGUUUGUCAGUAGCUUACAGCCAUGUGUGGAAUUUUUGCAUACCUCAACUAUCAUGUUCCUAAAACAAGAAGAGAAAUUUUUGAAACCCUCAUUAAAGGGCUGCAUAGAUUGGAAUACAGAGGAUACGAUUCAGCAGGUGUUGGAGUUGAUGGAGGAAAUAACAAAAAUUGGGAAAACAAUGCUCAGCACAUUAAAUUAAUCAAACAGCGAGGAAAAGUGAAGGCACUGGAUGAAGAGAUUCAUAAAAACCAGGACUUGGAUAUGGACAUUGAAUUUGAUGUUCACUUUGGAGUUGCCCACACCCGUUGGGCAACUCAUGGAGAACCCAAUCCAGUCAACUGCCACCCACAUCGCUCUGACAAGAACAAUGAGUUUGUUGUGAUCCAUAAUGGAAUCAUCACCAACUACAGUGAAAUGAGGAAAUUUCUGGAGAGUAAAGGUUAUGAAUUUGAGUCAGAAACUGACACUGAAAGUAUUGCUAAGCUCAUCAAAUACAUGUAUGACAACCGUGAAAGUGAUGACAUCUGUUUUGCUACCUUAGUGGAGAGAGUUACCCAGCAACUGGAGGGAGCAUUUGCCCUUGUGUUUAAAAGUAUCCAUUACCCUGGACAAGCAGUUUGUACUAGACGAGGAGGACCUGUGCUAAUUGGAGUACGUAGUGAACACAAACUGUCAACAGACCAUAUUCCAGUGUUGUACAGGACAGCAAAAGACAAGAAAGGAUCCUGCACUACCCUGGCCCGUGUUGACAGUACCACCUGCUUAUUCCCUGUUGAAGAGAAGUCUGUGGAAUAUUAUUUUGCAUCAGAUGCUAGUGCCGUUAUAGAGCACACAAAUCAAGUGAUCUUCCUUGAAGAUGAUGAUGUGGCUGCAGUGACGAAUGGACGCCUUUCUAUUCACCGAAUCAAGCGAACAGCAGGUGAUCAUCCUGUUCGUGCCAUUCAGACAUUGCAAAUGGAACUACAGCAGAUCAUGAAGGGCAAUUUCAGCUCUUUCAUGCAGAAGGAAAUAUUUGAACAGACUGAAUCUGUGAAGAACACCAUGAGAGGAAGGGUCAAUUUUGAUGAUUUUUCUGUAACGCUGGGUGGUUUGAAGGAUCAUAUAAAGGAAAUUAAUAGGUGUCGGCGGCUUAUCCUUAUUGCAUGUGGAACAAGUUACCAUGCUGGCGUGGCUACUCGACAAGUGUUGGAAGAACUCACUGAGCUGCCAGUUAUGAUAGAAUUGGCCAGUGACUUCUUGGAUCGGAAUACUCCUGUUUUUAGAGAUGAUGUUUGCUUUUUCAUCAGUCAGUCAGGGGAGACAGCUGAUACACUAAUGGCACUGCGGUACUGUAAAGAAAGGGGAGCAUUAACGGUUGGCAUCACCAACACAGUUGGUAGCUCUAUCUCCAGAGAAACAGACUGUGGAGUUCAUAUAAAUGCAGGGCCGGAAAUUGGAGUUGCCAGUACAAAGGCCUACACAAGCCAGUUUGUUGCACUCAUCAUGUUUGCUCUUAUGAUGUGUAAUGAUAGAAUAUCUAUGCAAGAAAGAAGGAGGCAGAUUAUCCAAGGACUUAAAGCAUUACCUGACUUAAUUAAAGAAGUCCUUACCUUGGAUGAUGAAGUACAGAGCCUAGCAACAGAGCUAUAUCAACAGAAAUCCAUUCUGAUUAUGGGCCGUGGGUAUCAUUAUGCCACAUGCUUGGAAGGAGCUCUGAAAAUUAAGGAAAUUACAUACAUGCACUCAGAGGGUAUCCUGGCUGGGGAGCUGAAACAUGGACCCCUGGCUCUGGUAGAUCAUAUAAUGCCAGUCAUUAUGAUCAUUAUGCGGGACCCCACAUAUACGAAGUGCCAGAAUGCUCUUCAGCAGGUUAUUGCACGCCAGGGACGUCCGGUUGUCAUCUGUGAUAAGGAGGAUUAUGAAACAAUAAAGAACACUAAAAGGACAAUUAAAGUUCCUCGUACUGUAGACUGUUUGCAGGGAAUCCUGAGUGUUAUUCCAUUGCAGUUGCUUUCUUUUCACUUGGCUGUGCUCAGAGGAUAUGAUGUGGACUGUCCAAGAAAUCUGGCCAAGUCUGUCACGGUAGAAUGAAGUCCUCAACUGAAGAAUGCUUACAUCAUCUGUACAUAACUGUUUAAUUAAAAGUGUCUGUAAAACUAUACCCAUAUGACAUGUAAGGCCUAUACCAUUUCUACAUUUCAGCCAACUUCUCACAGUCCAAUUACUGUUCAGUUACAUGAAAUACACAAAGAAGUUUACCUGAUUUCAUGUUUAUCAAUUUUUACUAACUCUUUUAAUUUGAAAAAGGGGUUACAA